CUACAGGGGCAGCAGUUUCUGUAAAGUCAAUUACAAUACACCAAGGAAGAAGAAAGACGAACAGAAACAUCCUGUUUGAUGAAGGAGGUCUUGGAAAGGAUGACUUUCCGUUUCUGCCCACAGUGUGGCACAAAGCUGCAGUGCGGUUUUAAAUUUUGUCCUUCGUGCGGGGAGAAGAUCCCUUGUGCCACUGAUGCCGAAGACAUCGUAACAACCAUCUCGUCUCCUCCUAAAGUUGACGAUUCCAGCUCAAGUUACGAGUCUGCAGAGGUGCAUGGAUUUUUAAGUUCAAGUACGGUCUCUCCUCGUCCUGCACUGCGAACGACUCGUAAAUCCCGCCAUCUGGACAGAAAGCGCAAAUUAAAUGUGAAAGAAUCCCCUCCCCACGUGACACAAGGCGACAGUGCUGAAUGCCCAACAACUUCACCUGAACAAAACUCAGUCAAGCGUGGCGUUAAGCAGGCGAGGACUGUCGGGUCCCCUUCCUCUCGAUCUGUGAGAAGAAAGGCGACACUCGUUCAGACUGCGGCGGAAGGAGAGAAAGGCACUAAUGAAGCAACGAAGACAGCACAAGAAUCCACGACGGACGUCUCAGCUCUAGCUAUCUCAUCUCCUGGUUCUUCACCGAACUCUAAAUCUCUCUCCAAGGUGAGAAGAAAGGCGAGACUCGUUCAGACUGCGGCGGAAGGAGAGAAAGGCACUAAUGAAGCAACGAAGACAGCACAAGAAUCCACGAUGGACGUCUCUGCUCCGACUAUCUCCUCUCCUGGUUCUUCACCGACCUCUAAAUCUCUCUCCAAAGGCAGAGAACACGGCAAAGCCAAGAAGACGAAGAACACGCCUGCUUUGGAGCCACUUGAGGACGGCAUGGAGGUGACGGACACGACGGGCAGGAAGUGGACGUUGCAGCGGCUGCUCUCUCAGAGCAAGACGGAGCUCAUGUAUGAAGUUGUUCAAAAAGGACCCGCCCCCAAUGAAUCCACUUACGUCCUCAAAAUGGGCGCGAAAGAUGGAAGAAUCUUUAAUGAACAGAACUUUCUACAGAGGGCUGCAAAACCUUUAUCCGUCAGCAAGUGGGCCAAGCAGCACAGUAUGGACUUGCUUGGAAUUCCUUCCUAUGUCGGCUUUGGUUUCCACGCAGAUACUUACAGGUUCCUGAUUUUCUCCACCAUAGGCCAGCCUCUGCAGUCCAUCAUGAAGGACAACAAGCUUCUUACCGAAAAGAAUGUUCUCCAUCUCACCUGCAGAAUACUGGAUGCGCUUCACUAUAUCCACUCCAACGAGUAUGUUCACGGUGACGUCAAUGCUGAAAACAUCUACAUCCAAGCUGGGCACUCCACUCAGGUGUAUUUGGUAGGCUACUGCCAAGCCUUCAGGUACUGUCCCAGUGGACAACACGUGGAGUAUCGCGAAGGCAGAAGAGCGCUACCCGAGAGCUCCCUGGAGUUGAUCAGCUUGGACUGUCAUAAAGGAGUUGCUCCGUCGCGGCGCAGUGACCUCCAGUCUCUGGGCUACUGCAUGCUGCGCUGGCACACGGGGGCACUGCCAUGGGGUGCCCUCGUUGAGCCGGACAAAGUGGCCGCCCUCAAACACAGGUACAUGGACGACGUUCCGGCACUGAUGAGUCACUGCUUUGGGUGGAAGAGAAUUUCCAAUGCAUUUCAGAGCUACCUGACCGCAGUUUCAGCUCUCCAGUACACAGAGCAGCCGGACUAUUCGGAGCUGAAAACCCUGCUCAGUGCUUCUUUGUCUCAGCUCGGCGGGUCGCUGAACGAACCUCUUGUCUUCUAGGACACAGAAAAAGGAUACGUAGAACACUUUUAUUUUAUGUGCAGGAGAAAUAAUAUUUCCCUGUGACUUGUGAAUAAUGACUGCAGAGUUCAAUUCAAGGGUUUUAGAUUUCAUUUUGUAUUUUUUUUAAAUGUAUAUUUGUCACUGCUUUUAUUGGUGCUGGUGCUCAUAGACGGAGGCUGGUUGACUGUGGUGUUGCUGGAGCUGUGAUCCAUAGCAAGUUUCAUUGCUAUGCUUGUAGGUAGUUUAUAAGCUCGAUAUGCCUCCUGGAGUUGUGCUCAUGAAGAAAUAAGUUGUCUGAUGUUCAUAAUUAUUCAAAAAGGACAUAAUGCUGUUUUUCAGCAAGUCUCUUUUUUGGAGUUUGCAUAGAAUUUGCAACGCAUUCUCACAUUGAAAGCACUGGCAUUAAAUGAUUUUCACUAUUCAAGUUUAAA